CGUUUUAUUUAUUAAAAACAAAGUUAGAUGAACAAUGAUACGGUUAACUUAGAUAUUUCCUUGUCUCUGAAACUCAAUUUGCCUCGUCGUCUAAAAGCUUGUACAGAUAGGUUUAAUUGCUUCAGCCUGGGGAUUAAUAAGCUUCGCAUGUAUAUACUUAUUCUCUUCUUUCCAGUUUCUGUCAUUUCAUCUUAGAGCGCGAAAUUGCAAAGAAUUGAAUUGAACUGAACUGACGAUGAAUUUCUACAUUUCUGCUCUGUUUUUGCUGCUUCUCUUUGGCUACUCCACAGCUCGGCCGCAAGGAGAAACGUGCGUUUCGAACGACAACUGCGAUUCCGGGCUGCAUUGCGAGACCUGCGUCGCCAAUGGCAAUGUUCGACCGCGCUGCACUCGAAUUCAACCUCUAAGUCCUUUCUCCAGGGUGAACGGGUUACCGUUUAAUCGGUACUCGUGGCUAACAACGCACAAUUCGUUUGCUAGAUUGGGGGCAAGGUCUGCAGCAAAUGGAAGAUUGGUUUUAACUACCACGAAUCAGCAAGACACCAUCACCGAUCAGCUCAAUGAUGGUGUUAGAGGGUUGAUGCUUGAUAUGUAUGACUUCAAUAAUGAUGUCUGGUUAUGCCACUCAUUUCGUGGCAAUUGCUACAACUACACAGCCUUCACACCAGCCACAAAUGUUUUGACAGAGGUUCGAGUUUUUCUCGAAGCAAACCCUUCUGAAAUCAUCACCGUUAUCAUUGAAGAUUACGUUAGAUCUCCUAAUGGAUUGACAAGGGCUUUCAAUGCCUCUGGCCUGAUGAGAUUCUGGUUUCCUGUGUCAAGGAUGCCGAGAAAUGGCCAAGAUUGGCCAACAGUUGACGACAUGGUUCAGAAUAAUCAACGUUUAGUAGUCUUCACUUCUAGAGCUUCCAAGGAAUCUUCUGAACGCAUUGCUUAUCAAUGGAGAUACAUGGUGGAAAAUCAAUAUGGUGAUAGCGGAAUGAGAGCCGGAUCGUGUCCAAAUCGUUCAGAAUCACCUGCAAUGAAUACAACCACACGGUCACUGGUUCUGAUGAAUUAUUUUCCAAGUACUCCAAGUUUAACCCAAUCUUGCAGACACAAUUCAGCCCCAUUAAUUAGCAUGAUGAACACAUGUUAUGAAGUAGCUGGUAGACGGUGGCCUAACUUCAUUGCUGUGGAUUAUUACAGGAGGAGUGACGGAGGAGGUGCACCUCAAGCCGUAGAUACGGCUAAUGGUCAACUAGUUUGUGGUUGUGCAAACAUAGCCUCUUGCAGGGAAAAUAUGACUUUUGGAGCAUGUGAAGUUGCUGGGGAUAUAGCUCCAAGUGGAGAAUUCAAUAAUCAAACUAGCUUGGGACAAUUUGAUAGCAGACCCAUUCGAUUUCAGUGGUUGAUUGGUGUAUUUUUAAUGGCAGGAAUGUCAUUGUAAAUUGUAAUAAAUACAUUUUAUCUUUUCAAGCCAAAAAUAAUAGUGAUAGAAAUGUAGACAAUUUAUGACAGUAGUAGUCCCCAUUGAAACAAAAUUCAUUUGAUUGAUACAUGACAUACAUGUACACUUCCCGAUUUUACAUAAAUUUGAAGAUAUUGCAUGUGUAUGGAAUGAAUAAAUAUAAUUUAUAUAA